AUGUCGAUUAGCAGUGAGUCGCCGUCCGCCGCCGCGAGCGGUGGGGGAAGUGGCUCCGACGCCGGCGAGAUCAUGCUGUUUGGUGUCAGGGUGAAGGUCGAUCCGAUGAGGAAGUGCGUGAGCAUGAACAAUCUGUCCGAGUACGAACCUGUUGGUGGUGGUAGCAACAGCGAUCCGAGCGUUAAGGAGUUUCCCAAGGCGGCAGAUGUGGCGGAGGGUGGUGGAGCCGCUGGGUAUGCCUCCGCUGAUGAUGCGGUUCCGCCACCGUCCAGCGGGGCUGGAGAGCGUAAGCGAGGGGUCCCAUGGACAGAGGAAGAGCACAGGCUUUUUCUUGUUGGAUUGCAAAAGGUUGGCAAAGGAGAUUGGAGAGGGAUCUCUAGAAACUAUGUCAAGACUCGAACCCCGACUCAAGUCGCGAGCCACGCUCAGAAAUACUUUCUUCGCCGAAGUAACCUUAACCGCCGGAGGCGUCGUUCGAGCCUCUUCGACAUCACCACCGACUCUGUUAUUGAAACACCAAUGGAAGAAGCUAAAAACCAUCAAGAUAGCAACAAUGGAAGCAGAGCUCAACCAGUUUCUCAUUCUCAGCCGGCUUUUGUGCCAUUUGCUGUAACUCCCAAUAUCAAUGGAUUCUCGAUGGUGCCUUUCCCCGUGUCUUUUAGCCCGGUUUUAUUACCAAUGCAGAAAACCGGCCACCACUCAAUGGAAAACUCGGGUUUAGCUCAAGCUGACCGUAUGAAUUGCUCUCAGUCUCAGCCGGUGUUUGUGCAUCAAGUCCCAAUUGUUCAUGUCCCAAUUUCUUCGGCUAUGGCGGAUCGCAACUUCAGUCCCCCCGAGCUUUCUUUGUCGACCGGCGGCCAAUCUUUUCCGGUGAUGUCUAGAUUGAAAAAUGGAGAUGGUUUCAUAAGUGUUGCUUGA